AUGGAUAAAUUUCGCAAGACAUUCAGUGUUCGUAAAAAGAAGGAAAACGAACCAUCAGAUACUUCUAAACCUCAACUGUGGAUCGAGGAUGAGAGAAAAAUUAAAGAGGGCUCCUGCAGUUUUCAAGUCAAGUACCUUGGAUGUAUUGAAGUAUUUGAGUCUCGGGGAAUGCAAGUUUGUGAGGAAGCCAUUAAAGCUCUUCGCAAAUCAAAGAAAAAAGCUCAACGUGCAAUUUUAUAUGUGAGCGGUGAUGCAUUGCGGGUUUCCGACGAAAUUAGCAAACACUUAAUUGUAGAUCAAACAAUUGAGAAAGUGUCAUUUUGUGCUCCUGAUCGUGGACAUGACAAGGGAUUUGCUUACAUUUGCCGUGAUGGAGCUACUAGAAGAUGGAUGUGUCAUGCAUUUUUGGCCGUUAAAGAAUCUGGGGAGCGUCUAUCUCAUGCGGUAGGCUGUGCUUUUGCAAUUUGCCUUGAGAGAAAGCAGAAACGUGAACGAGAUGCAGUUCAGGCCACGUAUGCUAACGAGGAUGGGUCUUUUGUCCGGAUGAGCUCCUUCCGUCAGACGACGCUCUCGGAACGUCUCCUCGACCCACAAUCCGCAAUAGUCGUUGAUCACAAUGUAGACACGGCGUCGAGAUCGUCCCAGUCUUCAGGCGCGAAGGUGGACGGUAGUAGUAGUAAGGCUAUUGUACCUUUUGGAGCCUCUACUCUGCCGAAACUCGGCAGUGGUGCAAUUCCUCGGCCACGGGCUAAUCCCUCUCUUAUUGAGCGUCAAACAUCUCUGCGACUAUUUCCGAAGCUUCAAGAAACAAGUCCCUUCAAGCACAAUCUCUCAAUGCGGGCGAAUUCGGAUGUUAGCGCUGGUGGCGCUUUAACUCACCAAAGUACUAAUCUUAUCAUGAACGGUGCUGGAACAAUUCUGGAAGAACCAUCCACUGAGAUAGAGGAAUCACGGGCUACUACUAUUACUACAACGUCAGCAGCCAAUCACUUCGUCCCAUUUUCGAGAGUUUCUCUCACAUCUCAACCAUCUCAAUUCGCAUUCCUUAAUCCACAUGUUACUAGUUGGCCAGCCGGCCCAUCGACUUUUCCUGUCUCUUUCGAAGAUCCCAAUGCUACUUCAACCACUGCUUUUCCAACGUCGGCGGCUGUAGCUUUUGCCACUAAUGUGCCGCCAAGCGGUGUAAUGGAUACAAGUCUGAUGGCUCUAGAUCCUUUUUCAGCCGCGCCUGUCAACCCUGCAACGAUUCAACAACACCAAGCCGCCCAGAAACAACAGCUUCAGCAAGGUCUGAACACUUUUCCUUCGAGCACUACCUCACCUAUACCUCCUAGUAGGGUUUCACCGGCAUUCAAGUCGACUACAGAAUCGUCUCCGACUCCCAAAGUGGCCGCCUUCCCUGUUGCAGAUUGGCCAGAGCCUGCUGCUAGUAACGGAUUUAAGACUUCAAUUUUUAACGAGAGCAACGGUCAUGGCAAUACCUCCUUCAAUCUCUCUUCUGCAGAUACCGCUUCCUUCCCUCCUAAUCCUUUAUUAGGCGAUGUCAAUCGAACUGUAUCCACAACUGCUGGAACUAUCUCACCUACUAUUGAUGUUUCGUUUUCGAAUUCAGCGAUGGCACUCUUUGGAGCUGAGAUCAAAUCCCCGCCCUCCAUAUUUACUGCCGAUUCUUCAGCUCAAAGCUUGACGGUUGGUGACAAACAAUGGCCAAGCGCGACAGCUAAAGAAACGACGACAACGGCCCUAGCACCAUGGCUACCAAGUCAGCUCUCAUCCACUAAUACAGGCAAUGCAGAGCUAAGCCAUUUUUCCGCCGAUCCAUUUGAUUUGGGUUGGGCAGAGCGAGCCACUGCAAUGGCCCAAGGCCAACUGGCUGCCAUCUCCUCCACCCUCCCUCUUCCACUCACUGCUGCUCCACUUCAACAACCGUCUCCACCACCAGCCUCUUGUACUAACCCCUUUCUGUCUCCUCCCUCCUCCUCUGAUGGAGCUAUCGCCGGCCUCGGAUUCUAG